AUCCUGCAUUCGACAAGACACCAUUUCAGAAUGCUGUGAGCCAAAGCUUAGGCCUACAAUUAUUAUCAUAAUUAUUGGAGAACGCGGCCUGUUAAAAUGAGUCUCUAUGAAGAGAGAGAGGACGGGGAUGUUGUUCACUACGAGAACCAGAGAGCAUCAUCUUCAGAACCCAGUUGUGUGUCUAUGAAGAGUGAUGAAUCCAUGAGACAACCCCUUACAUUCAGUGAUGGACCAGGGACCUCCAACCCCAGAGAUGAACAGACUGGAGAGAUAGAACAGGAUUGUCACCUACCAGUAGAUAAUGAACUACAGAGAGUCAAAGUCAAAGACCAACACAAAACCAGCAUGAAGAAAAAGUAUGAGAGCUUAUUUGAAGGAAUCAAGCUACAAGAGAGUCAAACCCUCUUAAAUAGUAUCUACACACAACUCUACAUCAUAGAGGGAGAGAGUGAAGGAGUGAAUGAAGAACAUGAGGUUUUACAGAUGGAGAAAUCUCCCAGAACACAACACUCACAAGACACUCCAAUCUACUGCAAUGACAUCUUUAAACUCUUAACUGAACCAGGAUGUAAAGAGAAAGACAGAAUAAAGACUGUUCUUACUAAAGGCAUUGCUGGAAUCGGAAAAACCGUCUCUGUGCAGAAGUUCAUUCUGGACUGGACCGAGGGAAAAGCCAAUCAGGAUGUAGAUUUCAUGUUUGUGCUUCCAUUUCGAGAGCUGAACUUGAUCCGCGAUCAUCAGUACAGUCUUCACAGACUUCUGCUGGACUUUCACCCUGAACUUCAAGAUCUGGACUCAAAGAUUUACAAGGAGUGUAAAGUUGUGUUCAUCUUUGAUGGUCUGGAUGAAAGCAGAUUUACACUGAUGUUUUCAGAUGUUCAGAAAGUUUCUGAUGUAACAGAGACUUCAUCAGUGGCUGUGUUGAUAUCAAACCUCAUGAAAGGAGAGCUGCUUCCCUCUGCUCUCAUCUGGAUCACCUCCAGACCAGCAGCAGCCAAUCAGAUCCCCUCCAAAUACAUCCACCGUCUGACAGAAAUUCAGGGAUUCAAUGAGCCUCAGAAGGAGGAAUAUUUCAGGAAGAGAAUCAGUGACAUCUCAUCCACUGUGCUUCAAAAGCUCCUAAAAGAAGAUCUGAGUGCAGAAAUCCCUCAAACUCUGACUGAAAUGUACAUCCACUUCCUGCUGGUUCAGAUCAACACGAAGAAUCAGAAGUAUGAAGAGAGAGAUAGAGAGACACUCCUGCAGUCCAACAGAGAAGUGAUUGUGAAACUUGCUGAACUGGCUUUCAAACAGCUGAUGAAGGGCAAUGUGAUGUUCUAUGAAGAGGACCUGAGAGAGAGCGGCAUAGACAUCACUGAUGCCUCAGUGUAUUCUGGGAUUUGCACUGAGAUCUUUAAGGAAGAAUCUGUGAUUCAGCACAGGAAGGUCUACUGCUUCAUACAUCGGAGCUUUCAGGAGUUUCUAGCUGCUUUCUAUGUGUUUUACUCCCAUCUGAUGAAGAAAAUGGAGUCAUUGCAGUUUUUUCUGGAUAACAGACAUGAGAGGUGCAUGUCUAAGCCAUACUCUUUGUGUGAGCUUCUAAAAUCAGCAGUUACUAAAACUCUUCAGAGUAAAAAUGGUUACCUUGAUCUUUUUCUGCGGUUCCUGUUGGGUAUCUCACUGGAGUCCAAUCAAAGACUCUUAGAUGAUCUACUGACACAAACAGAAAACAGCUCAGAGACCAUCAAAGAAAUCACACAGUACAUUAAAGACAAAAUUAAAGAAAGUUAUGGCCUCUUAGCUGAGAGAUCCAUCAGUCUGUUCCUCUGUCUUCUUGAAGUAAAUGAUCAGACUUUGUACAAAGAGAUUGAGGAGUUUGUGAAAUCUGGCAAACAUUCAGAGAAUAAACUCUCCCCUGGUCACUGCUCAGCAAUAACCUACAUUCUUCAGAUGUCAGAGGAGGUGCUGGAUGAAUUGGAUCUGAUGAAAUACAACACAUCAAAUGUGGGAAGAAGGAGACUGAUACCAGCUGUAAUUAACUGCAAAAAAGCUAUAAUUGCUGGAUGUCAUCUUUCUGAUCAGCACUGUGAAAGUUUGUCUUCAGCUCUCCAAUCAUCAAACUCCCAUCUGAGAGAGCUGGACCUGAAUAAUGACCUGCAGGAUUCAGGAGUGAAGCUGCUGUCUGUUGGACUGAAAAAUUCAGACUGUCAACUGAACAUACUGAGAUUAAGUGAGCUAGUGAAUCUGGAUCAGUUUGUUUCAUGA